CCCCCCCCCAUUUUGAUCCAUCCCUACCUUAUUUUAAUUCAUCUACGCGUGGAGAUCUUGAACAAAUAUAUUCCUACUUGGGCGGGACGUGAUCCUACUACCACACAUUUCCAUCAUGGCGCCUACUUUUGCUGGCAUGUCCGGCAGGCCACUGUCACUGACAGUGUCCACCAUCGCGACAAUGGGUUUCCUUCUUUUCGGCUACGACCAAGGCGUCAUGUCAGGUAUCAUUUCCGCCAAUGCCUUCGACAACGUCUUCACGGCUGCCAAGAACGACUCUACCAUGCAAGCCCUCAUCACCGCCGUCUACGAGCUAGGUUGUCUAUUCGGUGCGAUGUUUGCCCUUUUCGCCGGUGACCGUCUGGGUCGUCGAUGGAUGGUGAUUAGUGGUGCUGCAAUUAUGAUCAUCGGAGUCGUUAUUCAAGUCACUUCUUUCGUCGGCCAUAUCCCUUUGCUGCAGUUCAUGUUUGGUCGUGUCAUCACCGGCGUUGGAAAUGGCAUGAACACUUCUACUAUUCCUACAUACCAGGCUGAGUGCUCUCGGACCAGUAACCGUGGUCUGUUGAUCUGUAUCGAGGGUGGCAUUAUUGCCAUUGGUACAGCUAUUGCUUACUGGAUUGACUUUGGAGCUUCGUACGGUCCUCCUGAUCUGGCCUGGCGUUUCCCCAUUGCUUUCCAGAUUGUCUUCGGAGUCAUCAUUAUUGUCGGCAUGUACUUUAUGCCUGACUCGCCUCGCUACCUUAUCUCCAAGGGGAAAGUGCACGAGGGUGAGUAUGUGCUCGCUGCUUUGGCUGGAAAUGAAAUCGACGACCACGAAACUCAGCAGCAAAAGCAGCUCGUCAUUGAGUCUAUCGAAGCUGCGGGUGUCGCCAAUGGCGCUGGCUAUUCCGACCUUCUCACCGGUGGUCGGACCCAACACCUGCGCCGUAUGCUCAUCGGUUCUUCCUCGCAAAUCGCCCAGCAGCUGUCCGGCUGUAACGCCGUCAUCUACUACCUCCCCGUCCUUCUGAAGCAGUCCCUCGGUCAAAGCGAAUUCAUGUCCAUGCUCAUCGGCGGUGUCAACAUGAUCGUCUACGCCAUCUUCGCAACCUUCUCGUGGUUCUUCAUCGAAAAGAUCGGUCGUCGCAAGCUCUUCAUCGGCGGUAUGACUGGCCAGAUGGUCUCCAUGAUUAUUGUCUUCGCCUGUCUCAUUCCCGGCGGCACCGAGCCCGCCAAGGGCGCCGUCUUCGGUCUCUUCUUGUACAUGGCUUUCUUCGGUGCUGCCAUGUUGCCUCUGCCUUGGCUGUACCCAGCCGAGAUAUCGCCCAUCCGCACCCGUGCCAAAGCCAACGCCGUCUCGACUUGCUCUAAUUGGCUAUUCAACUUUACCGUCGUCAUGAUCACUCCCGUCAUGGUGGAUUCCAUUGGCUGGGGCACGUAUCUGUUCUUUGCUGUUAUGAACGCCAUCUUCAUUCCGCCCAUGUACUUCUUCUAUCCCGAGACGGCUGGUCGCUCCCUGGAGGAGAUCGAUAUCAUAUUUGCCAAGGGCUAUUGCGAGAAGAUUAGCUAUGUCAAGGCGUCGCAUGAGCUGCCCAGGCUCACUGAUGAGGAGAUCGAGGCGAAGGCUGUCGAGUAUGGCUUUGCCAGUGCUAGCCCUGCGGAUCUAGAGAAAGGCACUGCUUCUCCUGAGUCGGAGGAUGAGCAGCGAGAGAACCGGCUUUGAAAGGAAAAUCUAU